UUCUACUACUUGCCUUUUAACUCUACUUGGUUGCUACGGGUGGUUACGGGCGUUUACCAGGUUUGGAUUUCGUCCGUAAUAUGUUUACGGGUUUAAACACAUGACCACUUACGGCAGGCAGAGUCGUCGAAUGUAUCUCUCCUCUCCUAUCCCGUCAAUUUGAUCGUAUAUGAAGAUUACUGAACAUUCCUUUGAGCAGCAUAUACGAGUACGAGAAUUAUAUGCGAUUCAUCGUUGUCUCGGCGUAACCCUCGGUGCUCUGUAACUCUUCCACGUCUCCUUAUCACAACUGUCUAGCCUGUCUCCUUUGCUCGCAAUGCCUCUUACGGUUCUCACAGACGCAGAUGUCUGCCAAGUCCUCGAGAGCCUUACCAUUGAUGAUGCCCACGCGCUGCAAAAGUCUUUACGGAAAGCUCUACAUGAAUACUCGACGGGAACCCAAGGCGAGGCGGCAUGUGCUAUGCACCAGCCCGAGCGAACGGCCAUGGUGGCCCCCAGCGGAAAUACGACUCUCCUCAUGCCUUCAACAAGCUCGUCGGGGAUUGGAAUGAAAGUGGUCACUCUCGCAACACCUGGAGCAAAAGGCCCCGCUGAAGCUACGGCGGACAUGACCCCCCAUGGUUCCCUCACAAUUAUGUCUAGCAACGGCACCCCCACAGGCUUCCUAAAUGCCGAAGAAGUAACCGCUUUCCGAACGGCGCUCUGUUCCUCCCUUCUCUUCUGCCGGCGCAAAAGCUUCAAAUCCGUCACCGUUUUCGGAGCGGGUCGCCAAGCCUUUUGGCACAUCCGCCUCGCCCUCAUCCUUCGCGGCAGCUCCCUGAAAACUGUUAAUAUUAUUAGCCGGACUUUCUCUGACAGGGUGCGAGACUUGCUGAAAACCCUUUACUCGGUUGACCCAGCCAUCAAAGAGCGUGAGGGCUGGGGGAAUGUAAAAUUCUCAAUCCUGACUCCGGGAUAUGGCGAGUAUGCGCGGCUAUUGAAGGAGCAGCUUCGCGCGGCAGAUGUGAUUAUCACUACCGUUCCUUCUACCACACCACUAUUCGAUCACUCGAUCCUGACAUCAACCGAAGGUCGCCGAAGAGGUAGACUCAUUAUUGCGAUUGGCAGUUACAAACCUCACAUGAUCGAGAUCCCAGUCGAACUCUUCCAGCAAGCUGUCAAGCCCCAUGAGCAUCGUCACUACCACAACCACGCCUCGGAAGGCGGAGUAGUUGUAGUAGAUACACUGACUGGCUGUCUCAAAGAAGCAGGAGAAAUCAUCCAAUCAGGCCUAUCCCCUAACCAACUUGUCGAAGUUGGCGAGCUAGUCAUGCUUGAGGGCCAACUCGCCGGCGAUAGCUCAGAUGACCACGAAGUUGACGCAGACGGGAAGCAGAUCGACCUCGAUGGACUCCGUCGGGAGUUGUCUGACAUUUCUUCUUCGGGCGCGGGGAGCAUGCAUGCCGUGAUGCACGAGGGCAGCGAUCUAAGUACCGUCAGCACAGGGUCAACGGGGCGGAAGAGCAUGGAUAGCGCGAGGUCGUCGAAGAGCUCCUCGCGGAAGUCGCUUGGCCCGGGUAGUAUUGGGAAUAAAAUCCGAAGCUUGAGCAUGGAUAAUAGGAAGGUUAAGAGCAAGGAUGAUGCGAUGGCUACAUGGCUAAGGGAAGGGAAUGUGGUUUAUAAGUGCGUCGGGAUGGGGUUGAUGGAUCUCGUUGUUGGUGGGGGCCUUAUUACUUUGGCUAGGGAGAAGGGAGUUGGAACGACGAUUCCGAAUUUCUAGGGGAAUUUUGGCGGCACUGACAUAUAUUGGAUGUGUGGAAAUUGAGCACUUUGGGAGGAUAUGUCGUUAUGAUAUCACUUUGCUAAUUGACCUAUUUAGAAUCAUGAAGCCCUGCUGUUGAGGCAUUGGGUAUAAUUUUCAGAUUAAUCGUCAAGAUGCUGUAGCCGGGAAAGAUAUCUAUUAUCUAUCCUGCCGUCAACGCUAUCCCCUCCAUUUUCCUCCUCAGCGUCGAGCUAUCAUCCUCAUCCUCCGCAUCAACCUCGAUUUCCACCUGCGGCCUAUUUUUAUUCAACCCCUCCAGCAGCGUGCAUGCCUUGCAUAUCGCCUGACUAGACAUAUACCCACACCUCUGACACGUUCCCAGAGUCUGUCUGGGCAACUUCCUCCCCAUAACCUCCUUCCUCAGAUUCCCCGGCCGCGAGCUCGCCAUGCUACUAUUCGUAUCCCGCCGCCUCGACACCUGCGCACUUGUGAUUUCCACCUCUCUCGCACCUGCACCCUCAUUCUCCCUCAGCUGCUUCUCCAUAUCAGCCAUCUCAGAGCCGCUACUACGCCCGUUCCCGCUGCCGCAGCCACCCGCACCCUCUUCCUCCUCGCGGUCCGCGGCAAGAACCUCCGCUUUGCGGCCAGCGCACUUAGGACCCCCUGUCACCUCGGCGGGAACGAGCUUCGCCAUAUCCUCGCCACUACGAACGACAUCGAGGAUGGCAGAGGGUCGUACGCGUUCGAGAGCUUUGAUGAGAGUUCGUGCUGAGCCGCGGAAGGCCUCGGGGCUGUAUAUGCACUCCGUGCUGAAGUAGUCCAGUUUCUUGUGAUGUGCGUAGAGCACGAUUUCCUUCUCAUAUGCGUACUUGAGCGGUUUGCUGCGGCGGACGGAAGAUGUGGCGUCUCCAGUUAUAAUGCUCGUGCUGCGGGCCAGCCGCGGUAGGUCGCCUCGGAGGAGGUUCAUUAGGAUGGUCUCGGCGACAUCGUCGGCAUUAUGGCCAGUCACGACGUGGUUUAUGCCUAACAUGUUUGCCCCGCGGUCGAGCGCCUGGCGCCGGAAGACACCGCAGUAUGUGCAGUUCCCCUUCUUGCCGAUGGUCGCUACAACCUGGUCCAUAGUCCAGCCAUAGAGUUCGUCGUAGCCGACUAUCUUCAGUGGCAUCUCGUAUUGCUCGGCAUUGCGCUUGACGGUCUCGAGCGAGUCAUCGCGGUAGCCUUUGAUUCCUUCGUCGAUGGAGAGGAGGACGAGGUCAAGGCCAUAGUUGUGUCUUUCGUUGAGGGUUUUUAGGACAGAGGCGAGUACUGUAGAGUCUUUGCCUCCAGAUGCGCCUAUAGCGAUUCUAUCUCCUGGGGUGAAGAGGUUCGUGGUUGUGAUGGUGUGGUGGAUUUCGUCUUCGAAAAUUUGGAUAAAACAGACUUUACAUAAUUUUUGGUGGUUCUUUGGCCGAAUUAUAAGUGCCCUGUUGGUCUCACAAAUGGCACAUAUUGAGGGCGGCAUCUUUUGAAAAUCUAGCAUAUAUGGACUACCAGAUCUCUCAAGAGAUUGAUUUUACUGUUCGAUGGCGGGGUC